AUGUUCUGCAAGAACAACAUGUUGAGCAGAUUCUAUUUUGUGAAGAUUGUGGUGUUGAGUUCUGUGAAGAUUGUGGUGUUGAGGAGACGAUUGAACGUCGUUGCUUCCUUCCGGUCAGGAUCCCUUCUCUUCAUAGAAAUUGUUGAUGGCAAGUUUCAGAAUCGCAUGCUGCUACCAUUUUGUGUGGGUGCUGGACGAUUUGGACUGAAAGAAACAAUAGGAGAUAUGGAGAACUUCAAAUGGGCCAUUGAUACCAUCCACGAUCUAGCUGCGCUAGUGGGCUUGAAGACAGCACGAGAACUGAGGGAGAAAUCGGUCUGGAUACCCCCUGAGAUCACUUACAACAAGCUGUGGAUCGCUCAUCAACCUGCUGAGCUCUUUCUGGAUAGGACAGAGGUACAAUAUUUACAUCCAUGGCAGAAGGUUCUUAAGCCUGAACUCAUCAAAGGUCCUUGGACUCAAGAGGAAGAUGAUAAAAUUAUUGAUCUUGUAAGAAAGUAUGGACCAAGAAAAUGGUCUCAUUGCAAGGACCUGCAGAAGGACCCUCCGACCUUAGCGCAGGAAGGUCCUGUAGGUGAGGACAUGUUCCACUGGCAGGCCAGUAUCAUGGGACCCUUGGAAAGCCCGUUUACUGGUGGCCUAUUUUUGGUGAACAUCCAUUUCCCACUGGAUUAUCCCUUCAAGCCCCCAAAGGUCUCUUUCCGCACCAAGGUGUUCCACUUCCACUUUCACCCAAACAUUAACAGCAACGGCAACAUUUGCCUUGACAUUCUCAAGGAACAGUGGAGCCCGACUUUGACCAUAUCAAAGGCCCUCCUGUCAAUCUAUUUGUUGCUGACGGACCCCAACCCCAAUGAUCCUCUGGUGCCUGAGAUUGCUCACAUGUACAAGACUGAUUGGGCCAAGUAUGAGUCCACGACAUGCUCCUCGACACAGAAGUACGCCAUGGGUGGAUGUAUAGGCAAGCAAUGUGGAGAGAGUUCUUCUCAGCUAUAGCUAAAGUCAAAGACGACAAACCAGGUGACUUAUUGGAGUUGCAGGACUAUAAAUCAUCGGUCAUAUGAAUCUUCAUUUGUAAAUAUGACUGCUGGUGCUGCCGAUGAUGCUAGCCAUCGGCUUGGAACUAAUGAGAGACAACCGCUGUUGCCAACUUGAAACAUAUACUUUUUAGGUAUGAAUGGUUUACCUCUCCUCCUCUCGCGUCUGGUGAGGCAAUUCAUCCUCGGUUCGUGCCUCUCCUCCUCUCGCGUCUGGUGAGGCAAUUCGUCCCCGAUUCCCUCUCCUCUCGCCUCUGAUUCGUCCAUUUAGAUUAGAAGAAUCGCAUAUGAUUUGUCAUUUUGCUCGUUCUCGAUUCAUCUGCCUUGAAGUGCGUCUAAUUCGACUGAUUUUGCUCGUCCUAGAUUCACUCGUUUAUAUAGAAAAUCACGUUUGGUUUGAUUUACUCGUCCUCCUCGUCACUUUAGAGUCGCUUGUGAUAUGAUUUUGCUUGUCCCCGCUGUCGCCCUGAUGCUCUCGCGUGUUCUUGGGGCCGUCUUGUCUGGGGUCUCUGUCCCUGCGACUCUGGGAGGAAGCGGGCGAGCAAGCGAGCGGUCGGUCGGUCUGGUUUGCGAACUAAAGUCUAUUUGAGAAACUUCUGUUCCUGCGUUUCGUGUUCACGGUGGAGCGAUAUUUCCUGUGUUUACUUGUGCGUGCGCUUCUGUUAUCUAACGAUCCUGCGUUUCGUGUUCAAGGUGGAGCGAUAUUUCCUGCGUUUACUUGUGCGUGCGCUUCUGUUAUCUGUCGAUCCUGUGUUUCGUGUUCGUGUCGGGGCGACGGCUGCAGGAACGAUGGGUUCUUGGUUCGGAAAUUGGAGCAGUGUCAAAUCGUUCCCUCUAUAUCACCACAUGCGUUGUUCGUCGGUUAUUUUCAUAUCUCAAACGCAUGCGCUUGAUACUCUGGUUGCCCUCUGUCGAUCCAUGUUCUACCGACAGGCGUGUGUGCUCCCAUCCUAGAUGUAGAGAAUCCUGUUCUUGACAGUUGUUCUGAUGCUGUUCUUUUCAAUUGUUUAUUGUUAUCAUGGUUUGCUUAUGUUCCCAUAUGGCAUGAUUGAUUGAUUGUUGUUUGUUGUUUGAUUGAUUGGCUUGAGAUGGAUUGUUGUUUGUUGUUUGAUUGAUUGGCUUGAGAUGGAUUGUUGUUUGU